UGGAGAAAGUUUUGUAUGAAAACGAGUAAGAUGAACAGCUUCAAUUUAAAGUGCUAGCAUUCGAAGACAUAGUCUGAUUAAUCAAGUGACAACCAAAAGCAGAGGUUUCUGAUUGGCAUAUAAGAUGGGUCUUCGUUCCUCUUCACUCAACCGCCCUCACUAUCCAGGUUCAUCAGACAUUCACGGCAGCAACGUUGAGUUUUCCGUGAGAGAAGGCAUAGACAGCGAAUGCUCUCCUCUUCUUUUUCCCGGUGGCCAAAUUCUGAAAUGGCCAGAGUUGAAGGUGUUCAGUUUUAAGGAGCUGAAAUCUGCCACAGAGAAUUUUAAAUCUGCCAGAUUGGUCGGUGAAGGUAGGUUUGGCAUAGUUUACAAAGGAUGGUUGGAUGAGAAGACCCUCACCCCCGCCAAACCAGGAUCUGGAGUUGGAGUUGCCAUCAAAAUGUUCAACACGGAAGGAACUCGAGGGUUUUUACUGUGCCAGUCUGAGAUAAACGUUUUAGGAAGGCUUUCUCACCCCAACGUGGUCAGGCUAUUGGGGUACUGUCGGGAAGAGGAUCAGUUUCUUCUUGUGUAUGAGUUCAUGCCGAAGGGAAGCCUCGAGUGUCAUCUCUUCCAAAAAAAUCAUGACAUGGAACCACUUUCGUGGAACACCCGGCUUAAAAUUGUUAUCGGUGCAGCUCGGGGAUUAGCUUUCUUGCAUGCCAACGAAAAUAAGGUCAUGUUCAGAGAUUUCAACACCUCAAAUAUACUGCUCGACGGGAAUUACAAUGCAAAAAUAGCAGACUUUUGGUUGGCUGAAGGGCUUCCAGGGGAACAAUCACGUGUAAGUAGCAGUGUCAUCAUUGGUUAUGUUGCACCAGAAUAUACCGCAACAGGGCAGUUGCAUGUGGAGAGUGAUGUGUAUGGAUUUGGUGUGGUGCUUCUUGAAAUACUUACAGGCAUGAGGGUAUUGGACUUUACAAGGCCACUAGGGCAGCAGCAACUGGUUGAAUGGACAAAAACUUGUCUCUCUUCCAAAGAGAAGUGGAAAAACAUUAUUGAUGAUAGGAUAAAGGAUUGAAUUUCACCCAAGGCUGCGUUAGAAUCAGCACAACUUGCUCUAAAAUGCUUACAGCAUAACCGUAAACAGCGUCCUUCAAUGAAAGAAGUUCUUGAAGGAUUGGAAGCCAUUGAAGAUAUCCAUUGAAGAUACCCAACUUAUAUUUGUAAUUUUUUUUCUUAAUAUUUGCUAGA